AUGACCUCCGCCAAGGAAGGGAAGGUGGAGGCCCCCCUCUUGUACCCCGCCAGCCAGGAGAGGCGGAGGAGCCCGCUGGACCAGCUGCCGCCCCCGGCCAACUCCAACAAGCCGCUGACCCCGUUCAGCAUCGAGGACAUCCUGAGCAAGCCGUCGGUGAGGAAAGCGCCCGCCGGGCCCUGCGCCCCUUCGCCCCGGCUGCUGGACAAAGCGGGCGGCUCCGGAGCGCCCCGGAGCGGCGUGCCUGCCCCGUCCUCCCCGCUCUGCGCCCUGGAGGAGCUGGCCAGCAAAACUUUCCAGGGGCUGGAGGUGAACGUGCUGCAGGCUGCGGAAGGUCGCGACCCGCUGGGCGCCUUCGGGCCGCGGCCGGCCAGCAAGAAGCGGCGGAAGUCGCGCACGGCCUUCACCAACCACCAGCUCUACGAGCUGGAGAAGCGCUUCCUCUUCCAGAAGUACCUGGCGCCGGCGGACCGCGACCACCUGGCGCAGCAGCUGGGCCUGAGCAACGCGCAGGUCAUCACCUGGUUCCAGAACCGCCGCGCCAAGCUCAAGCGGGACCUGGAGGAGAUGAAGGCGGACGUGGAGUCGCUCAAGAAGCUGCCGCCGGCCGCACUAGAGAGCCUGGCGGGCCUGGCCGAGCCUGGCGAGCACCCGGGCCCCGAGCCCUGCUCCGAGGAGGAGAUCGAGGUGGACGACUAGGGGCAGGGGCCAGCGCCCGGGGCCCGCGGCAGGGACCCCCCAGGCAGCCGGCUUUGGGGGCCAGGCCGGGCCCCCGCCUGCCCCCUCUGAACUGAGAGCCCGGGAUUUACCAAAUACACCUCACUGAGGGGGGGGGCGUGC